CAGCUGUAAACGUAACACUCCAUUUUGAGAUAUACUCCAUUAUUAAUAAUAUGGUCUAUUUAUAUAGUAUUCCCAUGCAUUUGUAUUUCUUGUUUCAAGAAUCUUCAUAUAGUAUCAAUAAAUUGUCUUUUUGGUUAAAGGUUUUAUCAACUAAAUGAUUAGUCUCGUAACGGCAGUCGGUAGACAAUUAAAAAGAAAGGGUUAUGUGAGUGAGAGAGAGAGAGUCUUUACUAUAUUAUAUAUUCUCUCGUUUGCAUUUUGUUGAGUCUUCUUCUUACAAUUUUUCUUCUUCUUUUCUCUCCAUUGAAAAACAAAAAGGUUUUUUUGUUGGUAUUAUCAAUACACCAAUCAACUAUACUAACACCAACAACAACGAGUCAUGGUGAUGAAAACGACGCCGAAGAGUUAUUUGGUGGCAGCAGUUGCCUUAGUCAUCGUUCUGGUUAUGUAUCUUCAUCUCUUGUCCUCCGUGUCCGAUCUUCAGUUGAUUAGUUCGCUGAGUUUCCCUCAAGGCACGUUACAACCCACAUCGGAAUCCAGAAGAAUCGAGCAGGCCCCACAAGAGAUAACAUCAAUCACAUGUGACCGUUCCCACACUAACUACGAUGUCUGCUCAAUCAACGGCUCCUGUAGUCUUAACCUCAGAACCGGGACUUUUACUAUCAUGGACCCCACCUUCGCCACAUCAGCACCACUUGUCGAGAAAAUCAGGCCAUACCCAAGAAAAACUGACAACUGGAUCAUGCCUAAAAUCAAAGAGCUAACACUAACCUCAGACCCACUGGGCCUAACCCGACAAUGUGACAUAACACAUGACUCGCCGGCGAUUGUUUUCAGCGCCGGAGGUUACACCGGAAGCAUCUAUCACGAUUUCAUCGACGGUUUCAUUCCGCUUUUCAUCACCGCCAACUCGGCUUUCCUCGACCGCGAUUACAUCAUUGUGGUAGUGAAUCCUAAGAAGUGGUGGAUGCCAAAAUACAUCGAUGUUUUAGGUGCGUUUAGCAAACACAAAACCAUAUUACUAGACAAAGAAAAUGCUUCUAUUACACAUUGCUUCACUUCAGCCACCGUGGGCCUAAUUUCACAUGAGCCUAUGACAAUAGACCCAACCCAGAUACCCAAUUCCAAAUCAUUAGUGGACUUCCACAAUCUCUUAGACAAAGCCUUCAACACAAACCUAUCAUCUCUCAUAACCCACAAGCCUCGUCUCAUAUUGGUCAGUCGAUAUGGUAACAACAUUGGUCGAGUGAUAUUAAACGAGAAGGAGAUCAAAGAGAUGCUUGAAGAUGUUGGAUUCGAGGUAAUCAUAUUUAGACCAUCGAAGACUACGAGUUUAAGAGAAGCGUAUAAACUCGUAAAGUCGAGCCACGUGAUGGUCGGGGUUCAUGGUGCGGCAUUAACACAUUUGUUGUUUCUUAGACCCGGUUCGGUUUUGGUUCAGAUUGUUCCGGUUGGGUUAGGUUGGGUGGCUGAAACGUGUUUCGAAUCGCCGGCUAAGGCAAUGAAGUUGGAGUAUAUUAAGUAUCCGAUUAACGUGGGAGAGAGUAGCUUGGUAGAGAAGUAUAGUAGAGAGGAUUUGGUUUUGAAAAAUCCGAUUGCUUUUAGAGGAAUGGAUUGGAAUUCAACUAAAAUGAAUGUGUAUUUAAAAGAACAAGAUGUUAGAUUAGAUGUGAAUCGGUUUCGUAAACAUAUGGAUGAAGCAUACAAGAAAGCUAAAUCUUUUAUGGAUAUAAACGGUUGAUUUACGUUUGUGAAUUAUGAACUUUUAAUUUUAUAUAUAUAUAUUAUUUUUGUAGCUUUCGUGAAUUUGCCAUGUGAUUAAUGUUAAAUCGAUCUGAUUUGUACUAAAGUGAACCAAAACUAAACUGAAAUUCAGAUUGAGCGUUGCUUUGUAAAAAC